AUGGCCACUGGGGAAGGAGAAAGAAAGAUUGAUAACGAAGAAGAUUUUUUGCAGGAGAACGAGGAUUCCGAUAGUGAUGACGCGAAUGAGAUUUCUGGUAGUGAGGAAAGUGAAGACUUUUGUGAUGGUGAAGAUGAUGUACAAUCCAUUGGAGAAACUUGUACCAUUCCCAUAGAUGGUGUUGAAGAUAUGGGUGACAUCAAUUUCAUCACUUUAACAUUUGAAGACAUGAAGAAAUACCGGUUUUUAAAUCGUAAUGUUGCCUAUGAUUUUUACAAUAUGUAUGCUCGGUUUAAUGGAUUUUCUGCCCGUCGUAGCGUUGUCAAGAAAAACUUUAAGGGAGAAAUUGUGCAGCAGAAUUUUGUCUGUCAUAAACAAGGUCACAGAGAAGAUAGAUUUGGGGAAGAUGGAGUUCGGAAGCGUGAGCCUAGGAGGGACAUUAGGUGUGGAUGUUUAGCACACUGCAAGGUCCAUAUUGAUGAAUCUGGUCACCGUUGGGUUGUUAAACAUCUCGAUGAUGGCCAUAGUCACUUGGUUGUCCCUGAUAAGCAUGUAGGUUUGCUAGCCGGUCAUAGGAAGAUGUGUGACAUGGAUGUUUCCCAGAUGAACAACAUGAUUGGAGUUGGUAUUUCACCUCCUCAGGUUUAUGCAUCAUUUGCUGGUGAAGCGGGUGGGUGUCUUAAUGUAAAUUUUAAUCAGCGGAACAUGUACAAUGUAUUGGAUAAGGAGAGGAGAAAGCAGUUGCCUGAUGCAAGAGGUGCAUUUGGCUAUCUGCGUACUUUGCGAAGCAAAGAUCCAGACAUGUACUAG